GGCGGCGCAUGCCCCGUACGCUGGCGUACGACGCGAUACUCCUUCCGCCGAGAGAUACACCAGGCGUAGGAGCUAGAUGCCGGAUGUUGGCACCUUUGCCACCGCAUGUCCACAAAAAAUUAGCAGGAAACCCCCGUGUACGGUCAGAUCGACCCCAACGUACGGCUUAGGGUUAACCCCAACGGCGAACACGACACAGUCGGUAGCAGCGGCGCGAUUGCAAGAGGGUCGGUCGACGGUGGAUUCCCAUCGAUCCGAGAAAUAAGAUGGGCGCGGGUGCGGAGAGAUCCAGCAACAAAAGAACCAUGGCGGCCGAUCCGACCAGCCGAGACGAUCCCUUGCCGGAGAAGAAGAAGAAGGUGGUGGAUCUGGGGAGCGACAGUGACGAGGACUUGCCUAAUCCGUCACAAUGGGCGGGGGUUAAUCCCGAUUCCUUCGGCGAUGACUACUUGGCCAAGAUGGAAAAGGCUAGACUCGACGAAGAAUCAGCUCCCCGCCCUGUGAAAAUUUCUCCGCUCGACUACUACAAACCUGCCACCAGGUUUCACACCAUCGAGCUUUUCCCCGUCUUUCGAUCCGGAAGCAAGGCUGUGCUCCUCGCUGCGAAAUUUCUUCUAGGGAUUUCAUCCUCUUGCGAUGGUGAACCGCUAAGAAGGUGCUCUGGCUUCUGGGUCGAUUGGGAUGAGGAGAAGAAAACUGGCCUUGUUUUGACAACUGCGCGGCUGAUUCGCACAAAGGAUGCUCCUUACAGUGUCUGGUCAGGCGGUGAAGAGUAUGCUACAGAUGCUGAUGUCACUGUUCAUUUGCUAAAUGGCACCAGUGCAAAGGGCCAGCUGGUCUAUCUCCAGCCCCACUACGAUCUCGCUUUCCUGAGCGUUCAGGUGGAUCAACCAAUCAACUUACCAUCUUUGAAUGAAAAAGAUGUAGAAUUUGCUCAAGAGGUUUUUCGGCUCGGAAGAGACAAUUCCUUAAAUCUAAGGAUAACAUAUGCCAGGGCAGAAUAUUUGAAUCCAACUAUGUUUGAGCGGCACCACAAUGUAUACUUCCGUUCUCCAGAUGGCCAUGGUGAUGAUAAUGAGUUUGACUAUGGGGGGCUAGUUAUUGACCUGCGUGGAGAAGUUGUCGGAAUGGUCAACGUCCCUAAGAGAUUUGGGUCUUUCAUACCUUCUUCCAUUUUGCUCAAUUGUUCGGAUUCAUGGAAGAAAUAUCAGCACAUCGCCCGGCCUCAUCUUGGAAUGAUGUUUAAGGACAUCAAACUUCUAGAACCUGCUCAUGUUGACAUGUUAUGGCGUAUGUUUAACAUUGAUGAUGGUCUUAUUGUUCAAGAGGUGUCGGGAGGGUCGCCUGCUGAGAAAUUUGGAAUCCAAAAAGGUGAUAUUAUCGAAUCUUUCAAUGGAAAGCAUGUUUCUUCCACAAUUGAGUUGGAAAAUACACUGAUGAGCAUAUACAAGGGAACUUUAGAUGCUGAAGUUCGUAUUUCUGUUGGGGUGUUUCACACACUCAAAGAACAAUGGAGCACCAUAGAGUUGACUGCAAAAUUAUCAGAACUUGGAGAAGUUAUUACAAGAGGUGCAAAUCUCCUUUUUUAACCAGCCCCGUCUACAGAUUAUUAUGUCAAUUCUCAAGCAUGUAUGUUCUAUUUUUUUGUACACACCUAUUAUCCAGACAGAAUGCUAUCACUAAGUAUGCAAGCUCAUGUGCAUUGUGCAAUACAUUCUUACACGACACACAUCUGAUGUGUAAAAUAUCACACCAAACCAUACACUAUUCUGAUAUUUUGGAAGUUUACGAUUUUUAUAAACAGGUGGU